AUGUCUGAUGGGAUCCGCGAGCUUGCGGAGGAGCGGCGACGGCGCUUUCAGCAGCUUCGCGACACCGAGCGGCCCCACUCCACGCCAUGCCCCGACUGCGCGCAGCCGACGUAUUUAACGGAACUUUGCCCCCAAACUGGGCGUUUUCACGGGCUCGAACAUCAAACUCUGGUCGGGGGUGAUUUUGUCCGCGGGAAGAUUAUUUCCUCCUCGGCCUUGAUGGGGGCGAUCGAGCGAACUCGGGUGAAAUGGGUGCCCAGCCGCACCCAACUCGUGAAGGCGGACGCGGCUUCGUUGAAUAUCUUUCAAAGUUUCGCCGCGCAGGUGGGGUGGAAUUUGCAGCGGUAUGGGAUUUUAUACGGCCUGUACGACCCGAUCGGGGCCGUUAUUGAGGUCCACGCCGUGUAUGAGCCGGAGCAGCAUGGCAAUCGCUUUACCUUCGAGAUGAUUCCCGAUCCGAGGCUACCGCGGGUGGAUCAGAUCGCGAGUGGGUUGGGUUUACGACGGGUCGGGGCGAUCUGCACGCACCCCCCGCGGGAUCCCGAGAAGAUUGUGAUGAGCGCUCGCGAGCUUCUGCUCUCCGCGCGCGAGCAAAGCCUUUACGGGGAUGAAUGCGUCCUCCUCACCAUCGCGCCGAACUUGACGGACGGGAUGGUGGAAUGCCAGGCCUGGCAGACCUCUCCGCAGUGCGUGCACCUCUUUCGCGUAGGGUUUUUAGACGAGCCCUCUACCCCUUCCUCUUUUUCAUUUUCCGAGGGGGGGAGUGCGCCUUCCUCGCGGCUUUCCUCUUCGACGACGGGGCAGCCCCCGGCUUCCGCGGGUUCGACAGAGCGGCAAAACCCGCCGUCCCAUUCAAAUCCGAAUAACGGGAAUACCGGAAAUAAUAGCGUAAAUAAUGAGGGGGUGAUCGCGUCGAAGGUGCCUUUGGAGGUCGCGCAGGAGGAUACUGACGGGCGGGGCCAUCGCCGCUGCGUGACCAAAGAGCCCUGCACGCGGGUGGAUACGCGAUGGUUUACGAGCUAUAUCGCGGUCCAGCAAUUCACCUCGGAGGUGGUGCGGGGGGCGUUUAUGCGGAUUUCCCGCCCGGGGAUGCCGCCGCCGACGUUUCAGAAUUUAAAAAACUAUAUGAACGACCCGAAGCGGCGGAAUGAUUCCUUUGCGGAGAAAAUUGCCGAUUUUCACGUGCUCAUUUUUCUCUCCACGGUGUUCUCCGAGAAUGAUGACUUACCAGAGCUAGUACGGAUCGCCAAGGCGAAGCAGAUGUCGGAGGAGGCAAGGAACUAUGAAAUUAUUCUAGGCGAGUAUAUGAAUUAA